AUGACCACGCUCCUCGCCCUCGCUGCCCUCUCCGCGUUUGCCGGCGGCGGCACCGAAGUCUCCUUAGGCCAGUCCACGUACGUGGCGAGUAUCCGUAAGACCGAGACCGGUCAGACCGAGUGCGAAGCAACCUUGAUUGCCCGCAAGUACCUGGAUUGGUACGGUAUCUCUAGGAAUGUCGGCGUCUGGUCGGGCAAGCACGCCCCUAGUGCGGAAGUGAGAACAACCAGCGUCUACUGUGCCGACUCGUCGCUCAACUACGCCUCAAUCGGGUCGCGCUACUCGAGCGGCGACAAGGACGGUGAACGCUUCAAGAUCGUCAAAAAGACCGUGCACCCUCAGUACAACGAAGAAACGCUCGACUACGACUUUGCCAUCCUUGAAUUGGAAACCGAAUCCAAGUUCCCUCCCGCCGCGCUCAACUGGGACGAAGACGCUGUGACCGAACCCGGAACUGUGUCGUGGGUGCGUGGCUUCGGAGCGCCUGCGAUUGUCGAUGAGAUCUCCGGCUUGAUCGCGUUUGUCAGACAGAACUCCCCCGUCCUCUUGCAAGCCGAAGCCACUACUUAG